AUCCAGCACGGCAUCAACAAGCAUCGCAGUCUUAGCCAACAUACUUCUGCUUAGAUACUAUAUGAGAUUGGUUGUCUCUUUACAACAGUCCAGUUGUCGCUUAGGAAGCUCUACGUGAGGCUGGUGGUUAAAUGCUCCAGGUGCUGAUACAUUCGCGCAAGUAAACCGGUAUCGUUAACUGAGUAAUUGUAUACUUUUAUAUACUUUUAUAAUUGACAAGUGAUUUAUCGAUAAUAAUUUUUGACUCAGCUUCAAUCAGACUAAAUGGCGAGUCUCAAGGCAGCCCUCGGGGCCCAAGAACUCACUGACAAGAAAGCUGGACUAUGGAGAGCUUUGCUGGCUGAAUUUUUGGGAACUUUGUUGCUUAAUUUCUUUGGAUGCGGAGCUGUUGUUACGCAAAAUGUUGUGGCCAUUGCGCUGGCAUUUGGGCUAGUGGUUGCUGGCGCCGUUCAGGGCAUCGGACAUGUGUCUGGGGGUCAUAUUAAUCCGGCAGUUACUUUUGGUCUUCUCGCUAUUGGAAAGAUACCAGUAGUACGUGGAAUUUUAUAUGUAAUAGCUCAGAGUAUUGGAGCAAUAGCUGGCUCAGCAAUAAUACGCGCACUGUCUCCAGAAACAAUGGAACCAUAUCUUGGACUAGUGUCUUUAGCUCCCGGAGUAACUCCAGUUCAAGGUCUGGGUGUUGAAUUUUUCCUGGCGCUGAUUCUCGUGGUUGUCGUAUGCGGAGCUUGCGAUGGAGCGAAACCAGAAAGCAAAGGAAUUGCGCCGCUCAUAAUUGGACUGGCGGUUACUGUCGGACAUAUUGUCGGAGUCCCGAGAACCGGAGCUGGAAUGAAUCCUGCCCGGUCACUAGGCAGCUCGGUGGUCAUGGGAAGUUUCGACAACCACUGGCUGUACUGGGUCGGACCCAUUUUAGGAGGAAUUGCUGGUGGCCUGAUCUACACCCACGCAAUAGGUCCCGCGAAGGAGCCGGAACUCCCGAAGAAUUACUCCUCGGUCGCUACUGAUGAGAAAGAGCGAUUCGAGUACAUUGACAGCGGACGGGGCGGACUUUGAAGAUGAAUUAAAAAAAUUAGUCUAUGAUGGAAAAUAAGGAAAAUGUUAUUUUGCAGCUCCACAGACUCACUACCAGGAAGGGUACAAAUGCUUGAGAUUACUCGGAUUAUUUAUGAAGCCAUCAAUCAGAUCAUCAAUCAUCAGUUCAAGAGAUCCAACUAUUGAGUUUUCGUAUUCUCUUCAUCUUUAUGUGAUUUUUCAUUUUAUUUUUUUUCGAGGAUGUUUACUAGUUUAGCUUCUCAUAUAUUUUCAUUAUAUAUUUAUAUAUAUAUUUAUACAUCAUAAGAAUUUAUACUGCCGGCGUUUUAUUGCCAGUGAAAAAUUUUAGAUAUUUUUUUAUUUUUUUUUAAUUUGGAACUUUUAUGGCGUCUUAUUACUAAA